GAACAGAAAGGAACCCCUUCCCAUUUUGAACGUGGGCACCAAGGUCUCUAAACAGUGAUUGCCAAAGACAUGUUCACCAAGCAGGAAGUGAAAACAUACUGUAACCAGGGGUGGUCACUGUGAGAUAGCUCUGUGAGGAAGGCUGUGAGCCCACAGCCCCGGAAGGAGUCUGGGAAGAGGGGCUUCCGGCUCUGUGAACUUCUGCCUGGGACCACAGUUCCCUCCACAGGCAGCGGCAUGUCUAUACCCAGAGAUCCAGAAACAAGGCUUCCCUGGGUUCUGGUGGCAAGUAGUGCCAGUUCUGGAAAGGUCCAGACAUACCCCCCACCCUCGCCCCAUGAGCCCCAGCGCUGAGUCAAGGCUGCUCGGGGAGACGGCCUCUGCCCAGCUGUCCCCUGUGCGUCAUGUGCAGGAGGCCGAGCGGCUCCUCUUACAGGGUCCGGCAUCCUCUAUAUAUAGCCCAGCGCAGACAGCUGCGCAGUUAGUGCGCGACCCCACAGGACAGUAGAGGUGUGCGGAGCAGCCCUUGUCACACAGGCUUACUGGGUUCUAAGGGAGCCGCACUAUGACGCUGGGUUUGGAGCAGGCGGAGGAGCAGAGGCUGUACCAGCAGACGCUCCUUCAGGACGGCCUCAAGGACAUGCUGGACCACGGCAAGUUCCUGGACUGCGUGGUGCGCGUGGGCGAGCGCGAGUUCCCGUGCCACCGCCUGGUGCUGGCCGCCUGCAGCCCCUACUUCCGCGCGCGCUUUCUGGCAGAGCCCGAUGGAGCCGGAGAGCUGCGCCUGGAGGAGGUGUCGCCCGAGGUGGUGUCCCAGGUGCUGCACUACCUGUACACAUCGGAGAUCGCGCUGGACGAGGCAAGCGUGCAGGACCUGUUCGCCGCGGCGCACCGGUUCCAGAUCCCGUCCAUCUUCACCAUCUGCGUGUCCUUCCUGCAGAAGCGCCUGUGCUUGGCCAAUUGCCUGGCUGUCUUCCGCCUAGGCCUCCUACUAGACUGCGCGCGCCUGGCGGUGGCAGCGCGCGACUUCAUCUGCUCGCGCUUCCCGCUGGUGGCGCGUGACAACGAUUUCCUGGGGCUCUCGGCCGACGAGCUGAUCGCCAUCAUCUCCAGCGACGGCCUCAACGUGGAGAAGGAGGAGGCGGUGUUCGAGGCGGUGAUGCGCUGGGCCGGCAGCGGCGAUGCGGAGGCACAGGCCGAGCGCCAGCGUGCACUGCCUACAGUCUUCGAGAGCAUUCGCUGCCGCCUGCUGCCUCGCGCCUUCCUGGAGAGCCGCGUGGAGCGCCACCCACUCGUGCGCGCCCAGCCCGAGUUGUUGCGCAAGGUUCAGAUGGUGAAGGACGCUCACGAGGGCCGCCUCACUACGCUGCGCAAGAAGAAGAAGGAGAAGGGUGAGGAAGCUACCAAGGCCAAGGAGGCCAACCAGGGCGCGGCAGACGCCAAGGCUGAGGACGAUGAGGAACGUGUGCUGCCUGGGAUCCUCAACGACACCCUGCGCUUCGGCAUGUUCCUGCAAGACCUCAUCUUCAUGAUCAGCGAGGACGGUGCUGUGGCCUACGACCCAGCCGCCAACGAGUGCUACUGCGCGUCCCUGUCCACCCAGAUCCCCAAGAACCACGUCAGCUUGGUGACCAAGGAGAACCAGGUCUUCGUGGCCGGUGGCCUCUUCUACAAUGAGGACAACAAGGAGGACCCCAUGAGUGCUUACUUCCUGCAGUUCGACCACUUGGACUCCGAGUGGCUGGGAAUGCCGCCACUCCCCUCACCGCGCUGCCUCUUCGGCCUGGGGGAGGCUCUCAACGCCAUCUACGUGGUCGGUGGCCGGGAGCUCAAGGACAGCGAGGACAGCCUGGACUCAGUGCUGUGCUACGACAGGCUGUCAUUCAAAUGGGGUGAAUCGGACUCACUGCCCUACGCAGUAUAUGGCCACGCGGUCCUUUCCCACAUGGACCUCGUCUAUGUCAUUGGAGGCAAAGGCAAGGACAGGAAAUGUUUAAGCACGAUGUGUGUCUACGACCCCAAGAAAUUUGAGUGGAAGGAGCUGGCACCCAUGCAGACGGCCCGCUCACUCUUCGGGGCCACCGUCCAUGAUGGCCGCAUCUUUGUGGCUGCAGGGGUGACAGACGCAGGACUUACCAGCUCCACAGAGGUGUACAGCAUUGCAGACAACAAGUGGUCCUCCUUUGAGGCCUUCCCGCAGGAGCGCAGCUCACUCAGCCUGGUCAGCCUAGCCGGCACUCUCUAUGCCCUGGGCGGCUUUGCCACGCUGGAGACAGAGUCUGGAGAGCUGGUCCCCACGGAGCUCAAUGACAUAUGGAGAUUCAAUGAGGAUGAGAAGAAGUGGGAGGGGGUCCUACGGGAGAUCGCCUACGCAGCCGGUGCCACCUUCCUCCCUGUACGCCUCAACGUGCUUCGCCUGACCAAGAUGUGAGCCUCCUUCCUGUCCUGUGGCCUCAAAGCAAAUGCCUUGUGGGAUCCGGAGAGGAGCCGGGAGAGGCCGCCUCAGUGAGGAACGGGAACAAAGGGACUUCUCCAUGUCCCUCUGGGCGUUACCAUGUCUCCUCAAGGACUACAAAGCUAGGCAGGCGUCCCAGGCUGUGUUCUGGCCUUGCCUAGGCUGGCUGUGUGUGCCCGUUAUGUCUCCUAAGGGACUCAGUGUCUAUGCCUGUCAUAUGCGAGCAUCUCUGUCAACGGCACCUUCUGGUGCUAUCCCAGACCUCCCUUUGGAAGCUCUGGGGGGGCAAUGAAUUGUCCUCACAGGACGCCCCAUCAUGUCCUAUGAAUGACGUUCCCCCAAAGCCUGGAGCGAUCAACCCCCUGCCCAGAGUGGACAAGAAGCCAGUAGAAUACUGUGGUAGAAAAGUCUUUUAUUCUAUUGGCCAAGCCGCAUGGCCGGGGCCUGGGGCCCAGAAGCAGCUGAGCUGAGCUCGGUCCUCUGUCCCCCAGACCCUACUCUGGCUUCUCUUUGUCCUGCUUCUGCUCUUCCUCCAGUGCCAAGGUUCGCUCACGCUCCUUUACCAGCUGGACCCCACAGUAGGUGACAAACAAGACGGCCAGCGUGGUCUGGGGGAAGCCUGUUAGAGAAGGAACCAUGCUACCCGAAACAUCCCGUCCCAGAGACCCUGCAUCCUGUCCCACACCCCUGCUGAGUCCCUUGGGUGCUGGGGUGUUGUGUGUGUGUGUGUGGGGGUAGAUCAGAGGUUCCUGUCCUCGUGUGAGGUUGGGCACACGCCGUAUCCUCUCGCACGGUCCCUUACCUUUAAGUAUCAGGCGUCGGGCAACCAGCUCUGUGAACUCAAGGCUGUUCAAACUCACAAGGUUGUACAUGAUGAUAGCCCAGAAGUUUACAGCCCCGCAGAGGGCCCGGACCCUCCGAGACAUCUGCUCCGAUAGCCGUGCCUGCUGCCCAAGAAUGUGUUGGCAAGAGGGCCAGGAAGGGGGGACAUGGUCAGUCAGUGUCACCCAGGCCCAGAGGAGCAACGAGAGCUGAUAAUGCAGCCAAGCCAGGCAGACCCAGUUUCCCCCUAGGUGGAGCAUGGCCCUGGCAAACGAGAGAGGUUAGGGAGAAAGUUCUGGGCCAGGGACCACGCAUGCCUGGGUGACUCCAGGAAGCAGCAGUGCCACCCACCUCGUGUGACCCCCCAACUGAUCCCAGCCAGUCCCCCGGCCCGGGACCUUUGUACCCCACCUCAAUUUGUGCCAAUGGCCCGUGCUCCGCCAGCUUCUGCACCCAGAGCUCGAAAUUGAGGCCGAAGCAGUUAAGGACGGACCACAGGUAGACGAUGUCACAAGGCCCAAGCCACAGGGUGGUGAUCACAAACGUGGCCACGGAGGCAGCCAGCUCUGGGAUCACGGCGGAAUGAUCCCCACCAACGCGGUCGUACACAUAUCUGCAGAGAAAGAAGGAAGGAGGGCCCUGCGGGGACGUGGGGGCGGACAGCAGACGCAUGGUGGGGCGGCAUGCGGUACGUCGCCCCCCCACCACCCCAGGAGUGCCUGUCCUCUGCCCAGCUCUGAACUGUGGAGGGGGUGGGGCUUGGGCCGGAGAUUUUCAAAACAGUCCGUGGAUGACCAA